AUGUCGCCAAUCACUCCUGAGGUUAGAGCAAAGGCAGAAAUUUUUACCGGAAAUGAAGUUUGCAAGGAAAAAGCCAAGUCUCUUUUAAGAGAAUAUUGUCUUCCAGAUGGCCUAUUGCCCGUGGAGGAUGUUGAGGAACUUGGUUAUGUAAAAGAAACUGGAUUCGUGUGGGUCAAACAAAAGAAUGAGAUCACACACAAGUUUGACAAGGUCGGAAAGCAAGUGUCAUAUGCCAAAGAGAUCACUUCCUAUUUUGAGAAAUGUAAGAUUAAAAAGUUAUCUGGAGUGAAGUCUAAAGAGGUGAUGAUAUGGAUCUCACUCAUCGAGAUCUUCGUUGAAGAUCCCACAAGUGACAAAGUUACAAUGAAAACGCCAACUGGAAUCUCCAAGACCUUUCCGAAGGUGGCUUUUGAGGCUUAA